CACUCACACACACACAGUCACUCAUGAUCCAUUCAUCAGACACAAAGAAAAACUGAUCCAGGUUUUUUUUUCUUUUUUGCAAAUACUUUUAAUAAAUACUACAUCAUAUUAAAACACACAUACUAGCAUGAGGACAUCUCAACAGUCAUCCGGCAUCUCAGCAGACACCUUUGAGACCACUUAAAUUAGGGACACAAUCUCUUAACACACAUACUACAAAUACACUGAUACAGUUGUCGUUUAUAGCAGCAGUAGAGGACUGAUUUGUUGAUUGGGCAGCCCACAUCCAAACUGAAUUUGUUAAGAAGAACAUGCACAAACUGGGAUCUCAUUAGAAAACUCGUGGUAAUGGACCUGCUCCACAGCUCCGGUGUGAGUAGUACAUACUAUCUGCAGACCCACUUCAGUCACAGCCAGGGCUACUUCCUGUCAGUCUCUAUUGCAACGGACCUACGCAACACCUUCUUCCUGUUGUUCCCCAUAUGGUUCCAUGUACAGCAAAGUGAAGCUAUCAAACUGGUGUGGGUGGCAGUAGUGGGAGACUGGGUCAACCUGAUGCUGAAAUGGCUUCUGUUUGGAGAACGUCCCUAUUGGUGGGUCCAGGAGACAGAUUACUAUGGAAAUUCCUCUCAGCCAAUGAUAGAACAGUUUCCCAUGACCUGUGAAACUGGCCCAGGAAGUCCAUCGGGUCAUGCCAUGGGAACUGCAGCAGUCUACUACACCAUGAUGUCAUCACUCUUUGCCUUAGUACUGAAGGAAGAAGGACAUCAAAUCAGAAGAUGGUGUAUGCGUGUCUCAUUGUGGACGCUGUUCUGGUGUGUACAGGUGUGUGUGUGCAUUUCCAGGGUCUUUGUCGCUGCUCAUUUCCCACACCAGGUCAUCACAGGAGUUGUCAUAGGUAUCCUGGUAGCAGAAUCACUAAGCAGGACCCAGCAUAUCUACAAGGCUGGCCUACGAUCUUACCUGUUCACCUCACUGCUCCUCCUCUCCCUGGCUCUCCUCUUGUACCUGUUCCUCCAGCUGGCAGGCAUCGAUCUCCUCUGGAGUGUGGAGAAGGCUCGGUGCUGGUGCCACCAACCAGAGUGGGUCAGUGUGGACACCAGUCCCUUAGCCAGCUUGUUUAGGAACACUGGAACUCUAUUGGGUCUGGGCCUGGGGCUUCACUAUCCUUUGCAUGCACACACCAACAGAGUGGUAUUUGCAAAGGGGACUGAGGGCGCCAUCUACAGACUGAUCUGUUUAAGUGCAACCCUGGUGCUGCUGCAGUUAUUCGACACUGCUUUUAGGCCACCUGUCCACGUCGGAGCCUUAUUCUACCUGCUGUCAUUUUGUAAAAGUGCCACUGUGCCUCUGGCUACUGUAUCUAUUGUUCCAUACUGUGUCACUGCAGCACUGGGAUUCAAGAGACGGAAGCUGUUAUGAGGCAGGUGUGUUUGCAUAACAUGUACUGCUGGAUGGGUGCAUUAUGUCAUAUACUGCUGAAGCAGUGGGUUUAAUGUAUGGCCAAAAUCAUAUGGACAUGUUCUUUUAUGACCUUCUGGUCUCAUCUGUUUGUCCUGGUUUAGGCCUCAUUGAGCUAAUAACAAUGCUCCUUGAAAAAAGUAUAAAGAUGAUAUAGUCCAUGUUUUACCUCAUCAACUGCAUUGAUUUUUGUAAAUAUUUUCUUAUCCUGAAAAGAAAAGGGGAUGUUGCCAUGGGAUGAAAAACUGUCUUUGACGUGAUUCACACAGGCACAAACAGAAUGAAAACAUGUAUGGAGAUCAGUAAUUUAUUCACAAAAAAUAAGAUUUAAGGCUUACAGGUUUAUGAAGCAGGCAAGAGUGAACACCAGGAGAGAAGUGCAAAAUCCAGGUGACUCCAGAACAAGUAAAAAAGAAAAAAAUACAGGAACAGAUCUGUACCUCAGUCGCCUGGCGACUUUGACAAUUUGGCAAAGAGUGUGUGGUAAUUGUCCAGGCAAGUAUCUGCAGGUGUCAAGUGGAAAUGAGUGAGAGAGUGGGUGGUGUAGGCCAGAUAAAGUGCAGAGCAGGUGUCUGACCCACUCACGAGCAGCACUCAGUUGUCAAUCAUGAAAUUUCACACAUUUUGCACUUCUCUGUAAUCUUUUUGGAAAUAUUGGAUGAGUUCCAUCAAAAUGCCUUUGAUGGAACUCGUGGAAACUUGCAGACCUGUGCAGUAAA